CUCCCCUCGUGUGUUUGUGAGACCUGUGGGGGUGGGUGAGGAUAAAGGGCCAGAUAGAGACGAACACUCCUCUCAAACAUCAACAGUCAUCACCUCAGCACAGGAGAAGGAAACAACAGACGGCAAAGAUGUGUUGCUCCGGGUUUCUCAAGAUUAUGAUGUUCAUCUUCAAUGGAGCCAUCUUUUUGGCAGGUGUGGCCAUCCUGGCAGUGGGGGUGUGGGUGAAGGUGGACAGUGGCUCUCUACUGGGAGUACUAGACAACAUUAAGGACGCCCCAGCAGAACUGGGCCAGCUGGCUAACGUGGCCUACCUGCUCAUGGGGGUCGGAGGGGUCCUGCUGAUCAUGGGCUUCCUAGGGUGCUGUGGAGCCAUGAAGGAGUCCAGGUGUAUGCUGAUGCUGUUCUUCAUCAUCAUCCUGAUCAUAUUCAUUGCAGAGGUGGCUGGGUGCGUGGUGGUCCUCGUCUUCCAACCACUGGCUAAGGAAGUUCUUGAGGACCUUAGUGAGAAGGUUGUUGACAGCAUUCAAAGAGACUAUGGGAAGGAUGAGAGCCUGACUUCACUAUGGAAUGGUACCAUGGAACAGUUCAAGUGCUGUGGAUACCGUAAUUACACAGACUUCGAUGGAUCCCCUUUCCAAGAGAACCCAACUAACCCUACGUACCCACCAACAUGUUGUAGUAAAACUGAAACCUGUGCAGCUGCUGCUGCUAAACGCUCGAAAGUCAUUGGCUGCUUUACCAUGUUGCUGAACCUGAUAGAGGACAACGCUGUCAUCAUUGGAGCUGUUGGACUGGGCAUCGCUGCGCUUGAGAUUGCUGCCAUGGUGGUGUCAAUGGUUCUCUACCAACAGAUUGGUAACAAGUAGCACUGAGGACACCGACAUCCAGGACCACGCCUGUUUAACCAUCAUCAUUGCCUCACCUUGACACCUUCAGUCGACAUGUUUAAUUUCAAACACCAAAGAUUAUUAAAAUAUUUCAAUUAUAAAAGAAAAACGAGAGAGGAAGGAGCGUUGUUCAAAACCCUGUUGUGACUCGAUCACCUCCAUGGUAUAUCAACAAUAUCUGUAUACUGUAUAGGGCCUACUGUAUGCAUUCAGUACUUAUUUAUGUGUAAAUUAGAUUCCUUUAUCUCUAUCCUUAUUUGUUUCUUGCUGAAGCUGAAGACUUUACAUGAUGUUUUGAGAAGGUAAUUGCUUUACACUUGUUCUAACUGGCAAGACUUUAUUUUUAUUUUUUAUUCAACAGUCUUGAAUGGAUAUACAGUGUCUCAUUUUGUACAUAUACAUAUUGAAGUUUAGAAAUUACCACAUUCAAUCUGACUUGUUUAUUUCUUGUUCUAUUCUUUAUGAGGAAAUUAAAAAUGUUCUUAUUUUCAA